GCCCAAUACUGAGUCAUGCAAGCCCAGUAUGGUCCAGAGAGCUCAGCGCAAAAUGCAGCCCGUAUAACCAGGCGACCCACGCAUCCAAACCCGGGCACGGCCCACUCUCGGGAGGCUUUAUCUUUGCCCACUCCUGCACUUCCCCACCGCAGCUCAUCUUCUCGUCCACUCCAAACCCUAGCCUCCUCCUCCUCUCGCCGCCGCCGCCGCCGCCAUGUCAGGGAGGAAGAAGACCCGCGAGCCCAAGGAGGAGAACGUGACGCUCGGCCCCGCCGUCCGCGAGGGGGAGCACGUCUUCGGCGUCGCGCACAUCUUCGCCUCCUUCAACGACACCUUCAUCGUAAGAUCCCAAGGACACGCCGCCUUUCUUGCUGCUUUUCUGUUUACACCGCGGACCUGAAACUCUUGCCACAUCUGGCUUCGCUGUCGCAGCAUGUCACGGAUCUGUCCGGGAGGGAGACGCUCGUCCGCAUCACCGGUGGCAUGAAGGUCAAAGCUGAUCGUGAUGAAUCAUCCCCUUAUGCAGCUAUGCUUGCAUCUCAGGAUGUUGCUGUAAGAUGUAAGGAGCUUGGAAUUACUGCUCUGCACAUUAAGCUCCGUGCUACUGGUGGAAACAAGACAAAAACUCCAGGUCCUGGUGCUCAAGCUGCGCUUAGAGCUCUUGCACGUUCUGGCAUGAAGAUUGGACGCAUUGAGGAUGUUACCCCGGUCCCCACUGACAGCACCCGCCGGAAGGGUGGUAGAAGAGGAAGGAGGCUGUAAUUCCAUGCUCGUUCAAGGAUGGAACAAUACCAAGCUAUCGAUAUCCUGUGUCUUGCAACUUGUUCUGUACUACUCCGUUUAUGAUGUUAAGUCAGAUCUUGUGGAUUUAUAGAUUUUGAGAGAUAUUGUGUUGCAUGUUUAGAAAAUGACCCUUUCCCCUCUUUUGAAUCAAGUGGUUGCCAUCUAUUAUAACCCUUUCUUUGCUA